AUGGCCGCGAGCAUCUCCUCUGCGGCGACGACGACCUUGAGCAUCCGCAAGCUCUGCGGCGGCAGGGGCUGCGCUCCGGCGGAGGCGCCGCCGAGGCAGCAGAGCAAUUUCCUCUCCUUCUUCGACCCGCUCCCCUUCGCCGUUCUCGGCCGCUGCCACCGCACCGGCGACGGCGGCGUGAGCAUGGCGCAUCCGCUUCAUCUCAGGACAAAGAGGCGGAAGGCGGUGACGCUCUGCUUCGUCUUGGCGGACGACAGAAGGCAGGUGGAGGGGGCGGUGGCGCCGGCGGAGGAGGAGGUGGCGGCGGCCGAAUCAGAAGGCGAAGCGAUGACGACGACGAGCGAGAUCCAGUUCGAGGAGGCGCUCGCUCUGGGGGCGUCGGCGGCGCGGGCGGCGGAGCGGCAGGCGAGGAAGAAGGCGGAGCGUCAGACCUACCUCGUGGCCGCCGUAAUGUCGAGCCUCGGGAUCACCUCCAUGGCCAUCGCUGCUGUCUACUACCGCUUCUCUUAUCAGAUGGAGGUACCUCUUAUCCUCCUCUCUCCUCCUCUCCUCUCUAAUCCAUUACAGAAGCCUGAACUUUCUAAUCCGAGACUGAUUAAACGCUCCUCCCGAAUCUGUACAGGGCGCCGAGGUUCCCUUCUCGGAAAUGUUCGGCACCUUCUGCCUCUCCGUCGGCGCCGCCGUGAGUCCCUCCGCCUCCUUUCUCCUCCUCCGCCGCCUCCACCGCUGGCCGCGGCGAAGCAGCCAUCAAUCGAUCCGAACUGACGAAAUGGAGUGGGAAAUCUCGCCUGCGCAGGUGGGGAUGGAGUUCUGGGCGCGGUGGGCGCAUCGGUCGCUGUGGCACGCGUCGUUGUGGGAGAUGCACGAGUCCCAUCACCGCCCGAGGGACGGCCCCUUCGAGCUCAACGACGUCUUCGCCGUCGUCAACGCCGUCCCCGCCAUCUCCCUCCUCUCCUACGGCUUUUUCCACCGCGGCCUCCUCCCCGGCCUCUGCUUCGGCGCCGUCAGUCCCCCAUUUUCCCCACCGGCCCUAACGUUAAUCCAUUCUUCAUCUCUUGAUCUUUACUAUUUUUAUCCCAAAUCCUUCAUAAUGCAUUCCUAAUUCCUUCUUUUAAUUUUUUUUUUUUUAGUUUUAAAUUUAGUGUGGUAGCUGAUGCAUACACGUGUCGCGUUCUUACAGGGCCUCGGGAUUACGCUAUUCGGCAUGGCCUACAUGUUCGUCCACGACGGGCUGGUGCACCGCCGGUUCCCCGUAGGGCCAAUCGCUGACGUGCCAUAUCUGCGCAAGGUUGCGGCAGCCCAUCAGGUUUCGUUCUCCCCCGCCUGCUUACCGCCACCUGCCAGUUAACAUGCUUACGUGGCGCCGGUUUCUUGUCCAGAUACACCACUCGGAGAAGUUCGAAGGGGUGCCGUACGGCCUCUUCCUCGGCCCGAAGGUAACAGGAACCUGUCCUCUUUUUUGCACAUAAGUCCUUGCGCAGUUAUUAAUUUGUUGGGGGUGAGGGGAGGGGGUUUCGCAGUUUUUAAGAAGGCUAACUCUAGAAAUCUCUCUGAUGGGUGAUGGUGAGGGCGGGUGUGAUCGAGACUGACGAUUGAUGUCGGCAGGAGUUGGAGGAGGUGGGCGGCGCCGAAGAGCUAGAGAAGGAGAUCAACCGGAGGAUGAAGCUCAGCAGCGUCGUCUCCCAGAACGGCAACAACGCCGGCGGGAGGUGA